GCAAUAUACGCAUGCGCAUUAAAAGAAGCGCGGAAGUGAUUGCUAGCUGCUCUAUUGUUUAUUGACAGAACGGCCGCUAGCAUACAGUACAUGUGGACAAAUACCGCUCUCAAAUAGAAAGCCACACUAAAGUAUCGUGUAUGUAACGUUGAGAAGCUCUACAAAUGUCUUGAACAUGGCGAAGGUUGUCCGGACCACAGCUUUAAUAUUAUACCUCUGGAGUGUUUUAAUGCAGUUCAAUCGCACAUCAGGUCUUGGGAUCAAUGAACUGCUUUAUUUCCGGGUCAUCAGUCCAGAAGACAUAGGGUACAUCUUCAGUGCAGCGCCUGCUAAAGACUUUGGAGGAGAUUUUACGUCAUCAUAUGAUGAGAUUUUCCUUGUGCCAGCAGACCCAGCAGAUGGCUGCUCAGACCUGGAGGACAGAGCAAUCAUCCAGGGACAAAUAGUCCUGAUGGAAAGAGGAGGUUGCUCCUUUGUACAAAAGGCCCGACACGUGGAGGAAGCAGGAGGCAAAGCUGUUCUGAUUGCUGAUAAUGUAGUGGACAAUGACAGUCAGUACCUUGAUAUGAUCACUGAUGGAAGCACUGCCAAACCAAGCAUUCCUGCUCUAUUCCUGCUGGGACGUGAUGGGAUGAUGAUCAGACGAUCUCUUCAGAGACAGGCCCUGCCGUGGGCUGUCAUUUCCAUUCCUGUCAAUGUUUCCUCUUUGGCCUCAUUCCCACUAAAGCAACCCCCAUGGACACUGUGGUAGAAAUGACACACAUCCACAACUUAAUGCACUUCCCCACUCAAUAAACAUUGUUUUUUGUCAGUGCAUAUCCUGUCAGCCGUGAAUAAACUCACAGCCUCACGGGAAAAUUCUUCAUUGGUGGUUAAACAAAUUUACACACACUAGUGGUGAAUCAGUCAAAUUUACAUGUGUACGCAUGAUUAUAUCACACUUAAACACACAGCCAAACUUAUUAAAUGGACUCUUUGCCUGAGCCGUUUAACCGGGUGAGGACAGACAAACUCAGCAAAAACAUGCAUGCUUAUUCUCAGUGCUCAGCUGAAGUUUAAUGAAUUAGCAAGUUAUUUUGAAGAUAUUGAGUCUGUUUUCGCAACUUCGGUGCAGAUGAUUUGUUGGUCAAUAGUCAGUUUUAAAACUGGAAAAUUGGAUAUGCAUUAAUAGAACACAUGCAGGUUGAAGUGCACCAAUUCUUGCCUUGUCAUAUAAUACAAGCUGUUGCGUAAGGCCACAAUGGGGGGGGGGGCAGCUUUUAUUUAACUUCACUACAAUACAGAAUACCAGGAAUGUCAUCUCACUGUAAAAAAUUAUUAUAAAUUACUGUUUAUUAAAAUGAUUUA